AAACACAAUUCUGCCACGUUUAUAUAAAAUGACGCCGCUCCAUACUACGAGCCUUAUUCUCUUUAAAACCAUAUCAAUUAUUUCUUGCACCUAGCAACACACAUUUCAAUGGGGAUGGACAGCGGGAUUCAUGCCAAAGGCACGGCUGCUGGAAUGAGUGUGCAGGCGAGGGGGAUUUGUGUUAACGUCGUUCUUCGAUUGGUCUGCUUGAUCAGCACGGUAGCUGCACUUUCGCUCAUGGUCACGGCUAAACAGGAUUCGACUAUCUCUGUUUUUGGCUUGACAGUGCCUGUGCGUUCCAAGUGGUCCUUCUCUGAUUCGUUUCAAUACUUGGUUGGAGUUACCGCUGCUGUUGCAUUCCACUCUUUAGUACAGUUGUUAUAUAACAUGUCAAUGAUACUGCGCAAAUCUCUGGUCAUUUCAUCGCGGAAGUAUCUAUGGCUUCUUUUCGCUGUGGAUCAGGUACUUGCUUAUGCACUGAUGAGUGCUGGAUCAGCUGCAUCAGGAGUUACCAACUUGAACCGUACAGGGAUUCGUCAUUCAGCUCUCCCGAAUUUCUGUAAGCCUUUGAGUCGAUUCUGUAAUCGCGUUGCAGUCUCAAUAGGCCUCACCUUCUUCAGCUGGCUCUUACUUGCCACGUCAACAGUUGCCGAUGUCGUUUGGCUAUUCAAACACUGAGAAUUUGCAUACUUAUCUUUCUUGUGUACCUAUUUCUAUUUUACUUGCUUUUUAACCUUCAAGUAUGGGUAUGUAAUAAUGUAGGAGCAUAAAUUAAACAAUACUUCCUUGUAGAAAUUUGUUGUUUAUCCAAUAUUGUUGUCUCUCUUUCUUCUAUAUGACAUUUUUCUUUGUUUUA